UAUCCUAGAUUUCAGACCCCUCGCCUCCCAACUGCAAAAGGGGGAUGCAGUAAUCCACAUAGGAGUGUCCCAGGACCCUCCUCAAACAGAAAAGCCCUUGUGAACACUCACACUGGGGGGGCUCUCACUUGACCACGUGACGUGUAUCCAAGGAUAGCCAAAACUUGGAGUCCGCCGAGAAAUGGACACGUUUCCAGCAAGCUUCACCGGAGAAAAGCGCAAAGGAGAUAAAUGAAUAAGAGGCUUUCUUCACUGCCGCGAGAAUCUGGAAGUAACUUUCGGACCUUUCAACUUAUGAGUUACAGCAAAAAUGUCUAAGUUGGAACUUUCUUAAUGAUGACCGUAUUAUCAAAUAUUAACUUUAUAGUGUAAUUAGCGUUUUCACUCACGCACGUAAGUGGAGUUCUUUGGAGUCUUCACAUAAGCGCAGGAACAAUGUGUACUAGACGCGACCAUUCAGGAUGCUCCAGAUGAACUACUGGAGACCCGUUCGGUCUGUAAGACGAAUUGUAACCCAGGUUCUGACAUGAGAUGAACCCAAAACAGUUGGCAGCAGCGAAGAAUUAGCAGUCUGUGGAGCAUUUUCUAAAUCAAACUUAAUUUGAGAAUGAGGAACAAGUAUGCAGUCAUCAUUAUCUGCAUUGUGGCACUUGUCAUCAUUGAAAAAGAAAACAACAUUAUUUCAAGGGUCUCAGACAAGCUGACACUAAUACGGACCCCACAGACGGAGCCUCCAGGGCCCUACAAUGCUUCCAGCGCUCUGGUAGUGAUGGACGACAACAGUUCCUAUCCAGAGGACAUGUAUGAUGAGAUCGGCAUACAGGCAGGCCGAAAGCACAUCCUCUUGAUGGCUACCACUCGCACAGGAUCUUCCUUCGUGGGCGAGUUUUUCAACCAACAGGGUGAAAACAUGUUUUACCUCUUUGAGCCACUCUGGCACGUGGAGAGGAUGCUAUCGAUUGGCUCGAGUGGCACAAAUGCAAGCACUUCUGUUUGGGUAUACAGAGAUGUCCUACAACAUCUCUUCUUGUGUAACUUCUCAAUGUUGGAGAGCUUCAUUAGCCCUCCUCCACGGGACCACAUCACCCCUGCCCUGUUCCGCAGAGAGUCCAGCAAGGCCCUGUGCGAGGACCAAGUCUGCUCUCCGGUUGUAAAAGACGUUUUUGAGAGGUACCACUGCAAGACGAGACGAUGCGGGCCACUCAAUCUGACCUUGGCUUCCGAGGUCUGCUUAAGAAAACAGCACAGGGUGAUAAAAACAGUGAGGGUCCGACAAUUAGACACACUUCGUUCUCUAGUAAAAGACCCUCGGUUGGAUAUCAAACUCAUUCAGCUGGUUAGAGACCCUCGAGCAAUCCUGGCAUCAAGGAUGGUGGCCUUCGCAAGUAAGUACCAGAACUGGAAAAGCUGGGCAGUGAAUGGAGAUGUUCCUAUAGAGGAUGAAGAGGUCAAACGUCUCGAAGGAAACUGUAACAAUAUCCGCAUCUCUGCCGAGUUGGGCUUGAGUCAGCCGAAAUGGCUGAAAAACCGUUAUAUGCUAGUACGUUAUGAGGAUAUCGCCAGGUACCCCAUGCAGAAAGCGGCAGAAAUGUACAAUUUCACAGGGAUUCCGAUGACGACACAAGCACGGGAUUGGAUCCUCAAAAGCACACAUGCGUCAACCGAGGCAAGUGGCGUGUAUUCCACCCAAAAAAACUCUUCAGAACAGGUGGAGAAAUGGCGGCUCAGUAUACCGUUCAAACUGGCACAAGUUGUACAGAAAGUUUGUGGGCCGACCAUGAAACUUUUUGGGUAUAGGUUUGUAGACAGUGAACAGACACUAUUGAACAGAUCUUUUAGUUUGCUUGAAGAAAAACAAUUUAUUUAGGCAUAGAUUCCUUUUUUUUCUGCAUACAUUGUUACAGGAAAACCAAGCGUGAAAUGUGAUAUGGUUUUGGUUUUAUAUGUGGAAUAAAAAUAUGCACAGCAAAGAGACACUGGAACACUGUAGCACACUGGGAUGCUGCUUAUACUGAGGUACAGUAUCUGUAAUCAUUCGCGCAUAACUGAAAUUAUGAGUGAAUGAUUGUAGAUGCCUUCAUAUGAAAAACAAAGUUUGAUUAGGAUAAAAAUGAUCUGUACUAAUAAGAUGAGUCAUAAUCUGCCUGUGAAUGUGUAUAUUUGUGUGUGUCUGGAAACAGUGUUUCCUUUUCUGAAAAAAGCUAAAAGAUCAUCACACAAAAAGGGCAGUGAAACAAGUGUUAUGUUGCUGCUGCUAAAGCUAUGUGUGGUCACCAGAGUCAUUUCAAAUUGAUUUGUUGAAAUUAAAGCCCAAAAAUAGGCUUUGAGAGUUGUCAUCUCUCAAUACUGUAAGAUAUAAAUUUUAAUGCAUCUUACCACAUAUUAACUGGAAAAAAAAAAAAAAACUUCCACUGUGUGAUAAAGCAGUCAGUGUAAAGGCAGCUUUUGACAGCCAGCUGUGAUCCCAGAGUACAACUGUAGCAUUAUUCUCUAAAAAAUGGAAGUGCAGAAUAGACCUUUGUCCAUGCACAUUUUUAAAUGUUUAAUAUUUUAACACCAACAUUUUCCAAGAGCAUCUGCUCUUUGACCAGGCAUAGUAAACGAGAGAAAGCAGAACCAGUUUCUUUAGGACCUUCCAGUAUUCUCUGGCUAGAUUAAUGGUAGACUUUUGAAAAGCACAGGAUUCUUAAAAUAGCUGAAUAGCAUUUAGUUUCAACUAAAGCCCUAAUUCCAAAGCUAUUUCAAACAUCACAUAUGUUUUAUUUUUAGAAUCACCGUCUGUGAAAUAUUGUUACAUAAAUAUGAAAUCUAGACAUUCUGGGAACAGUGAUGUUUUUUCUGCCAACAUAAUUUUACAAUCUUAUCUCAACAGAUUUACUGAGAACCAGUGAUAUUCUCUCUUCACAAAUAAAAUGACCAAUCUUAUCUUAACUAAAUAUUCACAUCACCUUUAAACUAUUUCCUGAAUUUCCUGGCCAUGGAGAACUAGUGACCCAGAGCUUAGAUGUCUGCAAUGACAACACAGUGGUUCUUUGAAAAGAGAUACAGUAGUAUCUUCAUGCUUUAUGUUUCAUUUCCACUGCAAGCAAGCAGCACAUCAUGCAGAAUACAUUGUUCUUCACAGACAGAGUUGCUUCUCUGAACAAUAAGCCACAAGACACAAAUUUAUGUUUCUCUUUGAUUGUAUUGCUGCUAUCUGUUUGCAACAAUAAAUAAUAUAAGAUCUGCUAUUGCAUUCACUGGCACUAUGAGAUAAAUGUGCACUCAAGAGUCUAACAUCUGUUAAACAAGGAGCAAGAGAGAGCAGAGUGUCGGUCUACACACUAGUAUUUCACAAAAUAUGGGUUUAUUAUGAUCCACCAUUGUUGCAAUGUCCCUUGGAAUCAAAAUCCCUGAUUUAAUGAGUCCAUAGGGAAAUUUUGCAUUGACAAAACAGUGAAGCUGCCGCUCUGCUUCAGCGUACGCGCUGUGAUCGUCACGUAGCCUUCAUGAAGGCUGAUUUCAAACUGAAAAAUCAGUUCUCUAAGUGUACGAUGUUGUGACGCUGAGCAUAAAGUGUGAUUUAUACCUGCAGGAUUUCUGUUGCUAGUUCAUGUUGAGGACAUAUUCAAAUCCAUGUUUCAUUGGCACAGGACUUUCCUCUCCACAAAUCAAUAUCAAACACAUCUCUGAUGUUCAUAUAUGCCAUAAAAGGCCUAUGAAAACAAAUGUCACAGUAUUUUCGAAGUAUGUUUUCUUUAACUCGUUCUUGACUGAUUCGGGACUACUAUGAGAGUGUUGUGCAGUCAGGGCAACAGGAAAUCAGCCUCGAUGUGUAUGUGCAUGUGUUCCACUCUCUCAGGAUGUGCCACACCUUCUAAGUGGCGCUCUGUCCACACUAGGGCUCAGAAGGCAGUUGAACAGGCCUUUCAUACUGUCUUUCCAAAGCUUCCAGUCUCUAAAGCACACAGCGCUGCCUGUUUACGGCUCAGAAGCCUGCUGGCCUGCUAGAGCCUGAGCUGACUAAUCAUAUGCAACACAGAGGGAUUAUUCCACUGACUCGAAUUGACUCAUUGAUGCAAAAAUAACGUCUGAAACCGGACAAAAAGGUAUUUGUGAAAGGGGAAAAAAGGAUGUGUUCAUGGAAAAAAAUCCCUUUCAGGAUAUUUCUGAGUUGUUGCUUAGUCAUGCAGUCUUGGGUCUCACUGUUGAUGUUUAUCUUUAGUGUCUGGUUGAAGUCUGCACUGGACAAGUGGGGGAAAUACGUGGCUUGACCAGAGAGAGAGUUCUGACUUGUCUGCUUAUGCCAGUAAUUACAUCAACAAAUAAUAAAUACAGGGCCUGGACAGCCCUCCAAAUUAUGAAAUUUCCAUUCUUCAUGAUCUUGCACAUCUGCUUUUAAGUUCCAAAGAAAAAAGAAAGUUAAGAAUGACAUAAGGGUGAGUAAAUGACAGAAUUUUUAUU